AUGAAUACUCUCACAAGGGCAGCAGCCUUACUCGCUGCCUCCCUGGGCCUUGCCAGCGCGGCUACUGUCAAUUACGACUUCAACAUUACUUGGGUCACGGCCAAUCCAGACGGAGCGUUCUCGCGUCCCGUCAUUGGCAUCAACAACCAAUGGCCCAUUCCUCGGAUCGAGGCCAAUGUCGGCGAUCGCAUCGUCAUUCACGUCAACAACCAGCUUGGUAACCAAUCUACUUCAUUGCAUUUUCACGGCAUUUACCAGAAUGGCUCGACGCACAUGGAUGGCCCUGUGGGCGUGUCACAAUGCCAGAUUCCUCCGGGAUUUUCUUUCACGUACAACUUCACGAUCAAUCAGCCGGGCACAUAUUGGUACCACUCUCAUCACAAUGCCCAGUAUCCCGAUGGUCUCCGCGGUCCUCUCAUUGUUCAUGACCCUAAAUUUCCUUACCAAAAGGAGGUUGAUCAUGAACUUAUUCUAACUCUCUCAGACUGGUACCAUGAUCAAAUGGCCACUCUUCUCCCAACCUUCCUGACAAAGAACAACCCAACGGGUGCUGAGCCGGUGCCCAAGGCCGUGCUCAUGAAUGAAACUCAGAAUUUGACCAUUUCCGUGGAGCCUAACAAGACUUACAUGUUCCGCGUUCUCAACAUUGGCGCCUUUGCGGGACAGUACGUCUGGAUAGAAGGACACACGAUGCGCAUCAUUGAAGUUGAUGGCAUUUACACCGAGGCCGCUGAAGCUGAGAUGGUAUAUAUCGCUGCUGCUCAGCGAGUUAGCUUCCUCCUUACAACUAAGAACGAUACCUCUGCCAACUUUCCCAUCAUCUCUAGCAUGGACACUACUCUGUUUGAUGCUUUGCCGGAGGAUCUCAACUACAACGUCACUGGAUGGCUGACAUAUGACUCCAAUGCUAACUUCCCCGAAGCCGCCAUCAUCGACGAACUCAACCCCUUUGACGACAUGGACCUAGUGCCGUACGACAAGAUGAAGCUGCUACCCGAGCCAGACCAAGUCGUGCAGCUCGACAUCAUCAUGGACAACCUCCGCGACGGAAAGAACUAUGCCUUCUUCGACAACAUCACCUACACUCAGCCCAAGGUGCCCACUCUCUACACGGCCCUCUCCACGGGCGAUCUCGCAAACAAUCCCGCCGUCUACGGAGAGUUCACCCGCUCUUUUGUCCUGCAAAAGGACGAAAUCGUCCAAAUUGUCGUCAACAACCUCGACUCUGGCCGUCAUCCUGUCCAUCUGCAUGGCCACGCGUUUCAGGCCAUUCACCGCUCCGAGGAAGAAGCCGGUACGUUCGCAGAUGAGAAUCUCUCCGAGAGCGAUUUUAUAAGCGUGCCUAUGCGGAGAGACACACUCGUCAUGUGGCCGAAUGGCAACAUCGUCAUGCGUUUCAAGGCUGAUAAUCCUGGUAUGUCUUCCCUCUUCUCCAAUGUUGAUAAUAUUUCUCUUUUUUUGCCCCUUUGGCUAUCGAGCGUAAAUACUAAGUCCAUCGUUUUCCCUCUAGGCAUUUGGCUUUUCCACUGUCAUCUUGAGUGGCACGUCGCCUCUGGCCUUCUCGCCACCUUUGUCGAAGCCCCUCUCGACAUCCAGAAGCAACUGACCCUUCCCGACGACCACCUCUCCGUCUGCGCUGCUUCCAACACCCUCACAAAGGGCAAUGCCGCAGGCAACACUGUCGACUACUUGGACCUCUCCGGGCAGAAUAAACCUCCGGGCACAAUCCCUGGCGGUUUCACUCCCCGCGGCAUCGUCGCCCUCGUAUUCAGCUGCAUCACCGGCAUCCUCGGUGUUAUUGUCGUCGCUUGGUACGGCCUCUCUACACCCAUGGAGAUUGUACCACUCGAAGUCUCUCAUAUCAUGGAAAAGUCCGACGCUCCUCAGACAACCAGUGGGGUCGCUGGCGGUGCAUUCAAGGACGAAGUUUCAUCGAGCCAUGCCGCUAUCGGCGAGGGUUCUUCUUCGAGAAGGUGA